UAAGUGAGAAGUGCCCAGCCUGAUGACGUGCAUUCUGUGCUGAGAUAGCACCUGGAGGCUGUGCCAGCGCUGUUUGCUGCAAGCGUUCCGGCGCCUGGCACCACGUUUGACUGUUGCCAGUCCUUCGGCCUCUGAGUGUUCGAUGCAGGCCAGCAGUUGGGCUUGUAAGAGGUUUCCUCUGGCUUUGGCAAGACUUUCCUAUGACUGCUGGUUUUCCAAGCUCCGCGACCUUAAGCUUCCCAACGAGGGGUGGCUGUGACGCUGUUGGGUCUCAUUUCCCUGUGUGAUGGUAAGGGAAAAUGAGCCCAGAGUUUCAGCCUCGGUGGCUGAAGGUAUGUUCCUUGGGUGAAAGAGGAAAUGGAACCUGUUAUCUUAGUGGGUAAUGCUGGCACCCUACAGCAACAACUGCAAAAUGUGGCUGGGAUGGUGCUGGCAGGGUUCUGUCAGUGGGCCCUGCGGGCCUUUGUUACUAAAGACACGCGUGUCCAGCGGCACCUCUGGGUCCUUCACUCACUGCCUGCUCCUCUCCCUGGGUGACCAGGUUACUUGCAGAGGAAUGCUCAGAUGCCGCAGCACAGCUCUUCCCAGUCCGGCUCAGCCUUAUUUCUCCAUCUGCCUUCUGGAGGACAGAUGCUCGCUGCAGUGGGGCCAUAUCGGCAGAACUGCACGGGAAGCCACAGACCCCAGGCCGGGCAGCACAGCCCUCAAGGAGCUUAUCCCGUGUGGCCCAACUGCAGCGCUCUGCCCGGUGCCAACUUCUGCAGCGCAGGACUGGGAGGAAGCAUGAACCCGGCGGCAGCAGGGAGCCAGUUGCGUGGCAGCGUUCCUCCUCAGCUGGGGGCAGGGAUGCGCCCCCCAGCAGGUGGCAUGGCUCACAGAGCACAAGGAGCAGCCGCCGUGUGUGCUGCUGCCAGCGCCAUCCAGAACUGGCCACCCGGUUAUCCCAGUGUGAACCAAGGGGGAAUGCUGGGCACUGGACCUCCUUACGGACAGGGAACUAACAGCAUGGCUGGUGUGAUCAACCGCCAGGGCCCACCUUGUGCCAUGGGUGGGAACAUGGCUAACGGCUCUGCAGGGGUGGCAGCAAGUCCUGAAGUGAUGGGUCUGGCGAAUGUCAAAUUAACUCCUGCAAGUAAAAGAAGAAAGAGGGGAGAAGAGACCCAAAAAGCAGAACUCCAGUCAAAGGUAAAACUUCUGUUUGUUUGUUCGUUUGUAAAUGACACAGUGUAUGUAUCUAGUAGUGAGUGCAGCGCCCGAGAGAAACCCAAUGUGACUUGCCCUCUGCUGCGAGCAGAGCUGCCAUUAGCGUGGCUGUUUGUGCAGGAUGUGAUCUUGCUGCUCCGUGUGAGCACAGUGUUAGGUCAGCAGCGCGGCCAGUGAGUGGGAUAUCGUCUGUUGGGAUGUUUUCUCUUUUGGAGAGUGGCAUAUGCUGGCAUCUCCUGCCAGGUGUGAGCAGCCGGGAUGCAGCACUGUCCUCCCCAUCCGUCUGCAGAGCUCGGUUUGUCCCCAAGUCAACGCUGGGCCGGCCUUGCCGUUGUUAGUUGGAGGGAAUGGACCGGACCAGAUGCUCCUGGUGGGUCGGUGGGUCUCUCCAAGUCUCCAAAUGCAGUCCAUAGCUAAUGAGACUGUUGCUCGAAUCAGACGUGGUCUCAGCAAAGUAGAGACUGUGCCAAAAUCUACGUGGUGCUGCAGCCCUGGGGAAUGCCAUGUGCAGCUGGCUGAGGCGUUUCCUGACGUAUGGAGCAAAUGAGGCCACAGGAGGUCUCUCAACGAGGUGGCUCUGCAACGUCUCCGUGAGGUUUGCUUGGUAAAAGCUUUUCCUUUUUAGAAAUGCAUGUUCUGCGAGUAGCAGCUGGCUCCCUGGUACCUUUGUUGAGUCGUAGUUGUCUUUUAAACUGACAUGGACCUGAUGUGAGACAAGUGUGGGUCUGGCAGAAAGCUGAUCUGAAUAUAACAGCAGAACCUUGAGGUCUGACUGCUCUUUGAAGCCAUCUGGGAUGUGAUGCAGGUGUUUUUGUGCUCCUCAGUCCUGAUGUGUUUCCUUCCAUCAGUCCAGUUCCUCUGCUACGGCCAGCGAGAUCACUGAACCCUGUGAGCUGGCUGGUGAGCCCGAGAGGAAGUGUCCUGUGGCGCUGAGCGUUUCUCCCCACUGAGUCUGUGUUGCCCGUUUCUGGCUCGAUGACCUCAUGUUGCCGAUGGCUUUACUUUCCAUCUAGAAUCCCAGGCGACCGAUGGACAGCAGCUGCACCCCACCUGCCAAGCGGCUCAAAGCGGGGAUGCACAGCGUCCCCUGCAGCGCCGGGCAGGGGCAGCCGCAGCAGCAGCCCAGAGCUCUGGAGAAUGGCACCGCUCCCAGCAAAUCUGCAUCCCCGCAGCCAGGGAGGGGAAAGAAGAA